GCGGCGGCCGCCGACGCCGGCCGCAGGCGUGGCCGUGUGGCCACGCCGAGCGCAAUGCCGGCCGGCGCCCGCUGGCCUGGUGGCGCUUCUGGCCACCGAGGGCUGGUCAGGGCGCGGCCGCGGCCGCUGCUGGCCCUCUUGCUGGCGCGCGGAGCUCUGCUCUGCCGGCCAGCAGGAGGCGUCUCAGAGGAGGGCAUCAAUUGCAAGAGGGGGUACUUCGCGACUUGGUCGAAGGAGAAGGUCAGAUAUUGCUGCGCGGUCGAGCAAAUAGGCUGUAACGUCCCAACCACGGUCACUACCACCUCUGUGACCACUACGACCAGGACCACAACGUCGACAACGCAAACUGUCACGAGAUCCACCACUACCUCGACGACCCAGACUUCGACAACCAGCACCACCACCGACCGCACCACGACCGAGGCCCCGAUGCUCCUGGGGUACUCUGGCGACGCCUCGGCCGAAGCCGCGGCCCAGGCGAGGCCCACCCUGCCUCCCGCCCACGCCCCGGGCAAGGCCACGGCCGCCGACGAAGAGGCCACCCCCGUCGGCGAACGCGUCACCGACUGCCACGUGGAGGGCAAGGUCCUUCUCGAGAGCAUGCGAUUCCCGGGGCGUUACCUCAAAGUGUUGGGCCCCAACAGCGGCCUCGUGAUCUCUCCGGGCCCGCCAGAGGACGACCUGUGGCAGUUCCGCACGACCGACCUCAGCGACGGCAAGGCAGCCAUUGAGAGCGUCAGGUUCAAGGGCUUCUACAUCGACGCCUAUGGCCAGGCCUUUCUACAGAGCACCAUCGGCGUCCGGUUGACCAGGGGCGACCCAGAAGACGGGUCGGAUUGGGCGCGCUUCGUUUUCCGUUCCGAGUCCUCGGAUUCAAAGGACGUUGUGGAAGUGGAGAGUGCCCGUUUCCCAGGGCAUUUCCUCGACGCCCAAGAUAAGCUCGUGAAUGGUGGCUUCCAGGUCGGUCUGACGUACACCGAGCACCCGUCCGAGUCCAGUUGGGCGAUGUUCAGGCUGCACAGCGUCAAGGUGGGGAAGGGCUCCGCGUGCGGUAAGAUGGCCACCAGAACCACAACCAGGGCUCCAUUGCCUGGCAUGGACCCGUAUGACUGCCUCGACGGCAGGGAGCAGCAUGAGUCUGGCCGGGGCGUGUGGUCCAAGGACAAGCAGAAGUGGUGUUGCCAACACCGCGCCCUUGGUUGCGGCCUGUUGGAACUAAGGCACAGCACCACCUCGACCACGACCACGCUCACUGCCUCUGAUUCGGUCAGUUCUACCACAGGCUCCACCAGCACCAGGAACACCACUGACAGAGGUACUCGUGGAGCUCCUGACGAACCUCAACUUGGGGAAGGUCUCCUCGGAGCUGCGCCAGAUUCUCAGAUAGAGGUCGAUGCACCAGCCACGCAUACUCACUUGACGCGGUCGAAAGGGUCUCUGAGCGACGGGCCUUUCGAUUGCAAAGUUGGUUGGGCACUGAUGCCACAGUGGUCGUACGACAAGAAGAGCUGGUGUUGUGAGCACGAGCAGAUCGCUUGCCAGCCCUCCCAAGCUUCUGAUCCUUACGACUGCGCAGCGGGGUACGACAGCUGGGAGGAUGGUUGGUCUGAGAACAAGCGCGAAUGGUGUUGUCGCAAUCACCACCGCGGUUGUGUUGAGCAGGCCCCAGAGCGUAACCGCUCCGACAAUAGGAAAGGUGAGGGAAAAAAGGAGUUGACAUUUAAUUGUAGCGUUGGUAUCUCCAUCGUGGGACAAUGGGCGUUUGAGAAAAAGGAGUACUGCUGCACGCAUCACCAGAUCGGGUGCUAUCCAACGGUCGUAUCCGAUCCCUUUGAUUGCACAGUCGGUUGGGCCGCUUGGGAGGAUGGAUGGUCUGAGAACAAAAAGGAUUGGUGUUGCGCCAAUCAUCACCGUGGAUGCUCCAACACGACCAGCGAGCCGUUUGAUUGCACAAGUAGUGGUGGAUAUGCGCAUUGGGAGGUAGGCUGGUCCGACAUGAAGAAGAAUUGGUGUUGCGAGAAUAAGAACCGUGGCUGCCAAACCACAAGCACAACGACUCCCACGGGACCUACCGAGGCGCCGUUCGAUUGUGUCGUGACGCAUGCAGGCAACGAGUUGGGCAAUUGGAGUAUCAAGCAGCGUCAGUGGUGUUGUCUUAUCCAGGGCAAGGAGUGCCCCACCACGACCACUGCUCCCUUCAACUGUGACGAGGGCCAGCCGGAUCCGCACACCGCGUGGUCCCAGCACACAAAGGGCGAGCAUUGGACGCGGUACAAGCGGAACUGGUGCUGCUUGAACGAGAGGAAAGGCUGCCCUGAAGGCGGGGAGACGAGCUACGACUGCGACAAGGGCAACGUCACCACGUGGAGCCUGCGGAAGCGGAGCUGGUGCUGCCAGAACGAGGACAAGGGCUGCCCCAAGCCGUACAACUGCGAGGAGGGGGUCCCGCGCGGCACGGGCGGCGACUGGUCGCGCGGCUGGUCUUUGUCGAAGCAAAGCUGGUGCUGCCAGCACGAGCAGCUCGGCUGCUUCGAUUCGUCGGGCCCUUCGUUCGCGGUCCUCCACGGCAAGCUCUCCGUGGACAUUCCGGGCGCAGAGCGGGAGCAGGUGGAGGACAUUGUCAAGUCUGCGUUGGCCAAAACGUUUGCAGUGCCUCAGUCUGCGCUCAUCGUCGCCUCGGAGUUGGCAGCACGUCGCCUUGCAGCCAGCACGUCCACUUGCAAGGCUUCCAAAGUUGGUUUCCACGUGAAGUCCGACAGUCAUACUGUUGCGAGGGUGCACAAGAAAGUCACCGCCCUGCAUGAUGAUCCUAGCGAACUCUCUGGGUGCGGACGGCAUGCGGCGACGAUCUUUCGGCCUUGCGAGGUGGGCGUGAGGACAAUGUCGAGGCCGACCUCCUUGUAGAAAGCGAGAGGUUCUGGGCGGCCUCGGGCCCUCGUGGCCGCAACCUCGCCGUUCCGCUCGGGCAGAAGGCGACGCGCCCGCUCGCCCCAGGCAUUCGCGAUCGCGGGAUCUGGGGCAUCUUGACAUUACUCAAAGGAGGAAGAGG